CAUUUUUCGCUUUUUAUCUUUAUAUUAUUGUUCUUUCUUUGGACGUAUGCUCAAAACUUUUCGUCAACUUUCAACUUCAAGUAUCAGAAAGAUGCCAUUCACAUACACAGAAGCUAUCAAUAAACUCAAUUCGCUACAAACCAAUGCUGCUCUUUUAGAACAACUAAGGAAAGCUGGACCAAGAAUGAAUCAAUACAGUUUACCAGAAAUGCGUCAUUACUUUCAACGUAUUGGAUAUGAGCCACAUGAUUUUAAUCAUCUUCAAAUUAUCCAUGUGACUGGUACCAAGGGAAAGGGAAGCACAUCAGCCUUGACUCAAUCUAUUCUACGCCACUAUCCUUUGGAUCGACCUUUAAAGACCGGUUUGUUCACUUCUCCUCAUCUUGUAGCUGUACGGGAACGUAUUCGUAUCAAUGGAGAACCUAUUAGUGAAGAACUCUUUGCCAAAUAUUCAGAAGAUGUAUGGACUCGAUUAGAAAAUACCAAGGACCAAUAUAUCCCUUUCGGACAAGAAUUAUUGGAUGAUCCAAAGAAGGCUAUCCGAGAUCAACGAACUCAUCCUGAUAAACCCAUUUACUUUAGAUAUUUGACUUUAUUGGCUUUACAUGCUUUUGUACAAGAAAAGGUGGACGUAGCUAUAUUGGAAGUCGGUGUAGGUGGUGAAUAUGAUUCUACAAACAUCAUUGAAAAGCCUGUAGUAUGUGGUAUUACUGCUUUAGGAUUGGAUCAUGUUAGUGUUUUAGGAAAUACCAUUGAUCAAAUUGCAUGGCAUAAAGCUGGUAUUAUCAAGCAAGAUAGACCUGUUGUUUGCUUUGAUCAAGUUCCGGAAGCCAUGGAAGUGGUGAAAAAACGUGCUAGUGACAAGAACGCUUCGUUAGAAAUCAUUUAUCCCUCUCAAGUAAUUGACCUAAAAGACAUUGAAAUUGGUUUGGCUGGUAUUCAUCAACGUUAUAAUGCUUUGACUGCUAUAGCACUUUCUAAAAAAUGGUUGGAAGAAUGUCGGAACAUCAAAUUUGACAAGGAUAUAGCUGUACCUGAUGGAUUCCGGGAAGGAUUGAAGAAAGUAGUAUGGCCUGGUCGUGGACAAAAGUUACCUUUGAAAAAUACAAAAUAUGCAUCAAAAUUAGAUGAUAAUAAGGAUAUAACAUGGUAUUUGGAUGGUGCUCAUACGGUAGAAAGUCUUGGUGUAUGUACUGAAUGGUUCAAAGAAGCUUCCAUGGUGAAUAAUCGUAAUGAUGUCUCUCGUAUUUUGGUGUUCAAUUGUACCAAUGGUCGUGAUGGUCCCAACUUGUUAAAUAUUGUAUCUCAAUUACAAGGGUCAUCAAGUGGAUUUGAUCAUGUUGUCUUUACUACCAAUGUCACUUAUCGGAAAGGUUAUACUACAGAUAAUACCAACAACACAGUAUCAAUAGCCGACGCUUUGACCAUGCAGAAAAUGUUAGCAGAUAGUUGGAAAAAACAAGUAUCUGGAUUUAAUGAAGAGAAUAUACAUAUUGUUGGGACCAUUGAAGAAGCUGUAGAUUGGACUGUGAAUCAUGCGAAGAAUGAUAAGAAUAAGAUCAUACAAGUAUUAACAACAGGAAGUUUGAUUUUAGUUGGAAAUACUUUGACUGUACUUGGUAUGUCACCUCAAUGAAUAAUUAGUUUAUUAUAUAUAGAUUUAGAUAUAUUAUGAAGAUAAUAAAAUGAAAUAGACUGUUUGAUUGGAUCAUA